GUCAAAGAUUCUUGUUUUCAUUUUGUAGACAAACGUGAGACCACACAAAUAGUGGUGGUUUUUCAACGGUGGGAAUUUCGUAGUGACGUCAUAACCUGCGUGGGUGUGGAAAGAGGACAUUGGAAAGCGCGGGAAAUUGUAGAGACAUGUUCGCAAGCACUUGGUCCCAGCCCUCAUACUUGAAAAAAAAACGGGAUUCAGGUACGACUUCCGUUUGAACGUUGUCGAUGACUUUGACAAAUAUCGUUGAUUUGAAAAAAAAAAAAAAAAUUGCCAAACUUGGAAAAGGAAAAAUCCUUUGGUGUCAGAGCUCGGUAUCAGAUAAAACAAAAACGAAUACAUUAGUCGAACACAAACAACAAUCAAAAAGAAAAGAGGAUGUGGAGUGACCUGCUUCAUGAUCGUGAGAUAGUGCGGACGGCAUAAUCAUUACAGAAGAGCGCAGGUGUAUGAGUUUAUAAGUAUCGUUUCGCAAUCCCCUUGUUUUUCUUUUUCUUUACGGGGCCGAGAACGGCAGGGCGGACAGAGAUCUACCAGUUUGUCCGCUGCGGGCGAAGGAAGUCGAGAUGAAUUCUCGGAAUAUUAUUUUGAAAAAAAAAGGAGACUCGCCAUGGUGGUAAUAUCCCUCCCCCCUAAAACCACUACCAACAUUGUAGAGCUGCAGAAAUGUAAGCGUAGGCGGCAUUAGGGGCAGCAGCAGCAAAAUUGUGAAGUCGCUGCCGUCAAACUCUUAGUAUAGCGGUCUGCUUUACAGAAGCCGGUUCGUCACGAAAGGAUUAAAUAACCAUUUGGAAUCAUCAACUAGCAAAUCCCCAUCAAAACUCGCCGCCGCUAAAUGAUUGCGACAUCGCGGAGCGACAAGAGCCGGCCACAUAUAAAACAAACAAGUUGUCCAUCAAGUUCCCAUUUGAUUCGCAGUCGUCGUUGAGGUUCGUCUGAUCUUUGGCGAUCGAGUUCGGUGUGUUUGUGAUUGAAUAUCUGAGUUGUCUAUUAAAAUAUAUAUCAGUGAGACUAUCAAGAAAAUGUGACUCUGCACGUAGAAACUUUCACCCGAGUGGUACGGCCUGUACAAAAUACACACCUACGGGUUGAGUGUGACUCACCGUGAAUCACGAAAGUGUCGCAACACAAGCUAGCGGCUUAACAUUUGAACUCGUCAACAAUACAAAAACUAUUGUUCUCUUCCAUGAGUGUCGGUACCUGUUUCAAUUUGCCGGUCGGUUUCGCGAUGGAUCGCCAGUAUCAGGCGGCUGCUACUGGCGGAGGUCACAAUUUCUACAACGCGGAAGAAUCAGCCAGAUCCACACUCUGGGAUUUGGAUAGUUCUGCGCUGAUCGUUCCGCCACUCGUGCCGGCUUAUUUCCAUCCGUCGUCAGACAUCCGGCCACAAGCUCCUCCAGUUGACACGAUGCGUCGGGAAAUCUCGGAAGAGAGCGGCUACCAAACAGCAUUCGAUGAAGGAUCCUCAUCGUGGGCGUCCGAUUGGCCAAUCAAUGACCACCAAAUCGACAGCUACAAUCAUCAGAGUUGGUCUGCGGAUUUUCCGGCGCAAGACAGUCAACCCACGAGCGACGAAAUGUGUUGGUUUCAACAGCAACAAUCGCUGUCCACCUGGGGAGGAGGAUUCCCCGAAGUUUUCAGCGCGGCCACGUCAGCAAUUCCUAAUCAAACAGAAGACUACAUCAACACUACAACGUAUCCCAUGGCCGGAAGAAGCGAAAGCACUUCGUCGGAUGAAUCGACUCUCAACGAUGUUUCUGUUCCCUCAGACCCGAGUACGUGGAACGAAGAACAGGUGGCCACCUGGCUGCGAUGGUCUCAAAAGAAAUUAAAAAUUGGGCCAGAAUCGACGGAUCCAGCGAGAUUCCCCACCAAUGGCCGGCUUCUCUGUACGUGGACGGUAGACAAUUUUAUUCAAGUGGCAGGAUCUGAAGCUGGACCACUUCUAGCGGCCGCCCUUUUCUGGCUGAAACGACCACAUCUACAACCGAACAAUGGAGAGGGUGCAGAGGUGUUGGAGACGAUCCGGGUCCAACCGCAAUCGACUCAAGAGUUGACUUCUCAAUCAAACAGCAUGUCUUUCACGCAUUCCACAGCCAAUGAAUCGCCAUCGGCUACGGCCAUGUCCGCAUCGCCGUCGGCAUCCGCAACGCAUCCGUCUUGGUGGAUUCAGGAUUUCCUGCACACAACUCUGGGAAUCGCCCGCAGAAAAAAGGGUUCCCCCGAUUCACCAGACAUCAAUAAAGACGGAGGCAAAUCCGUGCAAGAUCCAGAUCCGGCUUCUACAUCCGGGCAAAUCCAGUUGUGGCAGUUUCUACUGGAAUUACUGGCCGAUCCUCAAUCUAACGCGGCCUGGAUUGCGUGGGAAGGUAGCCAAGGUGAAUUCAAGUUACUCGAUCCUGAUGAAGUGGCUCGUCAAUGGGGCAACCGCAAAGCCAAACCAAACAUGAAUUACGAUAAGCUCAGUCGGGCGCUCAGAUAUUACUACGACAAGAACAUUAUGAGCAAGGUUGCUGGAAAGCGUUAUACGUACAAAUUUGAUUUUAAUGGAUUGAUGCAAGCCUGCCAACAAAUGUCGACAGUGACGAGUGCUGAAACAUUGGCCAUGUCUUCGUCGAACAGCUUGCACUUGGCCUACAUCCAUCGUGGUGGUCAAGUUCCUCCGCUGGUGUCUAGUAGUUCUAUGACGCAGGAUAGCGAAAGUGUUCAUUCGUCUCAUUAUCGAUCGCCUCCACCUUAUUGGCUAACAAAUCCGUCAACAUCCGCUUCACCGACACGAUGGAAUGCACAGUCGGAUGUUGUGCUGCAAACGUCACCGCAGUUGAUCUCGGCGGCCAGUUCUCCUUCUUCGUCUGUCACGUCGCAGUGUUCGAUUCUGUAUCAAAACAAGUAGUCAAACAUGCCAAUCUUCAGCCAUACUCGCACACCAAAAGAAUUCACAGCAGAACGAAUACAUCAUUAUUACAAACGUUGCAUUUUUCUCCAUACCAUCAUUCCAAACGUAAGUAUUAAAAUUCUAAAUGAAUUUAAUAACGCAUUACCUAUACCGAGUAAAAUGUUUGCCCAAACUCAAGAUUUUUUGAAUCUCCGAAUCCAUUUCCUUCUUUUUUUUUUUUUUUGCUAAUAUCCUUUUAAUGUAAAGAUAAAUUUGCCAAUGUUCGGAAUACUCGAUUCGUUCGCCACAUUAUUCCAUACCUGAAAAUGAGAUGGUGGUGAAAACACAAAGUAAAAUCUGGGUCUCAAACAAAAAUUGUCUGUUCUAGCAAAUAUUUAAUGAUUGAUCAGAUAAAAAUAAAAUACCUCAAAGAUGA